UUAUGCGAUUACGUAUACGUCAUUCUCAAGGGGUAAUUACCAUCGAUGAAGUGAAUCAAGACCAAUCCGUCGGAACAUUAUGUCAAACAAUUGAAAAUAUGAUUUCAACAGAUAAAUGGGUACAAUUAUCUGGUGGCUAUCCUCCAAAACCCAUUACUGAUAGGUCUAUUACUCUUCAAGCAGCAGGUAUCAAACAUGGUGAUGCUUUAACCGUGACUUUGAUCGAGCCCCAAACACCAACUACUUCUCUCCCUCCUGCUAAUACAUCACGUUCCUCUACUUCUCAUGCUAUUGCUGUAUUGGAUGGUUAUUUGGUACAAAGGGUAAUGGAUGAUGACAACUCUUGCUUAUUUCGAUCUAUUGGAUAUGUCCUGGAAAAGAAUCAUACAACGUUUGCUCAGAAAUUACGUCAAGUGGUUGCUGAAGUUAUCACCAACGAUCCUGAAACUUACUCCGAUGUAACAUUAGGACAACCUAGAUACAAGUAUAUCGAAUGGAUCAAGAAGGAUACAUCUUGGGGUGGUGCAAUAGAAUUAUCCAUAUUUUCUAAAUAUUUUAAUAUAGAAAUUGUUAGUGUGGAUAUACAAACUGGUAGGAUGGAUCGAUUUGGGGAAGGCUCUUAUGAUGAACUAGUAUUGAUCCUCUAUAGUGGAAUUCAUUAUGAUGCAUUGGCUUUAUCACCAAUGGAAAACUGUGAUUCUGAAUUUGAUGAAACUCGAUUUCCAAUUUCUAAUAGUAAACCUCUUCUUGCAGCAGCUCAGGAACUAGCCUCGUUAUUACAAAGGGAACACAAAUACACAGAUGUUGCCAAUUUUACGCUGAAAUGUGAGAUAUGUCAAACUGGAUUGAUUGGUGAAAAAGACGCUCAGACACAUGCUAUGGUAAAGAUAUCAACAAAUUCAAGCAAUAAUCAUGUAUUUAUAUAACCUGUGAUCCCAUCAUCUUAUUUCAAUCUUUUUCUUCUCUCUCUCUUUUUUUUUUCUUCUUCUUCUUUUAUAUCUAGUCAACUGGUCAUACCAAUUUCGUGGAAUAUUCUUAAUAUUUAGAUAGAGUGGUGAGGGUGGAAAACAGGUGGGGCGGAGGUCUCAACCGGAAAACCAUGGAAGUAAUCGUAUUUGUCGUCGGACUUGAUUUAUCCUUUUUUUUUUUUUUUUUUUUUUAAUCAAAUAAAAA